AUGAAUUAUUGGGCUUAAUUAAUAAAAAUGAUUGAGAAAUAAGCUAGAGAUUAAAAAGUUAAAGAAAUUAAAAAAAUAAAAGAAAUAAAGAGAAGAAUUAAUUGGCGAAUAAUACUUUUACAAUAUUAGGUCGUGUAAAAUUUGAUGCCUGAAAGCCAACAAAAAAAUACUUUAAGAGAUGUAAAAAGAAGAUGUAAGGAAAAAUAAUAUUAGAGAAAUGGAUGCAUAUUGCAAAUUUAUCAAUAAAUAAGAAAAAAGUGGCAAUAAGAAAGAUAUGAAAAAAUCAAAUGAUAUUCAAAAAAUAUUGUGGAAAUGCAAGAAAAAGAUU